AUGGCAGGUGGUAAAGGCAAGAGCAUCGGCGGGAAGGCCAGUGGCGCGAAGGAUUCAACAACAAAGCCGCAGAAGUCGCAUAGCGCGAAAGCUGGUUUGCAGUUCCCCUGCGGUCGAGUGAAGCGGUUCCUCAAGAACAAUACUCAGAACAAGAUGCGAGUUGGCGCCAAAGCUGCCGUCUAUGUCACCGCCGUUCUCGAGUAUUUGACCGCCGAAGUGCUUGAGUUGGCUGGCAAUGCCGCCAAGGAUCUCAAAGUCAAGCGUAUCACUCCUCGACAUCUUCAACUUGCUAUUCGUGGUGACGAAGAGUUGGACACCUUGAUCCGGGCUACAAUCGCAUUCGGCGGUGUUCUUCCUCACAUCAACAGAGCGCUGUUGUUGAAGGUCGAGCAAAAGAAGAAGAGCAAAUCGGAUGCAUGA